CCGCACUACACUUUGACAGCCGAUUUGCAAACAACAACCAAAACAUUCUGGGGAAUGCAAUUUGCCGGUGGUUGCAAAAGAGUUUUGUUAUUUUCCUCUACCUAAUAAUGCAUCUGCUGCCAUAAAACUCCUCUCCUUCACGCGUAUGAACUUCCACCAGCAUGGAGCUGAUAGUAAUAUUAGGUAUUGUAGUGCUGAUGUACGUGGUGCUGCUGUUUUUUGACGGAUUUUUCAAGAGCUGCAUGCACUAUCCAUACGAUGCAUUCCUGCGAGGGACCGGACUGACGGUUAAGUUCCUUCGCCUGCAGUGGCACACGACUGCCCUGAACCGGUCAAUCGUGAAAUGGAGCACCAAGUAUCCGAAAAUACUGGACUGCAGCUUCAACCUCGGUGUCUACCUGAGCCUGCUGCUGAUGCCGUUCGCCGUGGUGAUGAUCGUCGUGUCUUCCUUGCAAACGAAUCUUCACGGACAGUCGGCACGGGUGGUAACGGCGGGCGUGGCCGGUGGAGACUCGCGCACGCCCGGCCGGCGGAUGGUAGAUAUCGAUCUGGUAGUGCCGGGUGUGAAUUUGCCCAUCAACGAAAUUGGUUACUACAUCGCAGCCCUCGCCAUCAAUAGUGUGGUGCACGAGCUCGGGCAUGGGCUAGCGGCCGUACUCGAGGACGUUCAGAUCAAAGGCUUUGGUCUGCACGUGCUGCUAAUCAUACCGAUGGCCUACACGCAGCUUGAUUCAGACCAGCUGAACACGCUGCGCUUGUGGAAGAAGUUACGCGUGCUGUGUGCCGGCAUCUGGCACAAUUUGGUGCUGGGCCUGUUCACCUACCUGCUGUUCAUGUCCACCCCACUGCUCUUCUCGGCGCUCUAUCGCACCAGCGACGGUGUUAUUGUGACGACGCUCAAAAACAACUCCCCGAUGGCCGGAUCGCGGGGGCUCGAGCAGGGCGACAUUAUAAAAUCGAUCAACAACUGCGAGAUCCAUCACGAGGAGAGUUGGUUCGAAUGUUUGCUGCACACCAUUCACUCGCCACCGGCCUACUGUGUGUCAACCGAUUUCGUUCAUCUGAACGAUGAAUCCGUACCCAUGUCGCACAAGAACGAUGGCCUGAUCGAGUGUUGCGGCAGCGAUAAUACAGCGUCCAGCUGCUUCGAGUACAUGGUCGAUGCCAACGAGGACGACGUGGCGUUACCGCAGCACAUGUGCCUCAACAUACGCAAAACGAUCGAGAACAGUUUCGGCUACUGCCAGCACAACGGCCAAUGUUCGGAAGGGCACUGCUUUAAGCCCAGCAUCAACAACUACACCACAAUCAUGCAGAUACGGCGCGAAUCCAAACCGGACGUCAUCUAUAUCGGACAUCCGGGUGAUGCGACCCGAACGGUUCAAGUUUCGAGGUUCGUGCCCAAGACGGGUGUGUUCGCGCCGCGCUUUGCGGACUCGAUUCAGCUGCUACUCAAGUAUGUGACCGUGUUUGCGAUCGGAUUAGCGUUCAUCAACGUUAUGCCGUGCUAUGGCUUCGAUGGGCAGCACAUCGUCAACACGCUGCUAUCGGACGGCUCGAUCCAGCAGCGGAUACCGCAGAAAAGUAAACGUGACAUGAUUUCGCUCGUUGUCAACGUGGUUGGCACGUUGUUCGUGUUCAUACUGCUUAUGAAAGUGUUUUGGCUAUCGCUCUACAGGGUACUGUCCGUGUGAGAAACAGAUUCCUAAAGUGGCAUUGUAGUAUGAGGCCUAGGGAAAUAAUGUAGCAGGACAAGCACCCGAGCACGCCAUAUGACAUCGAAUUCCAUUUAUGUAGGAAAUUCAACAUUUUUACGCUACAAAAGCGCAGUUAAGUUAGCAAUAGUAGUUGGGGCAAUCACAGUAAGUGGUAAUGCGAAUAAAACAGACUCAAUCACCAGCUCAGUAAGGGUGAAGCAUUAAAAGCAAACUAUUAGUCACGUAACAAUGGCAUCAGCAACUAGCAGCUCUUUAUCACUGAAUGCAAUCAUUUAUAGUAAAGACAUAUUGUGUAUUGAUAUUAGCGAAUAGAAUAAACAUGAUCACCGAUCUAAAACUAAACGAUAA